AUGAAGUUUUUCGCCAUUGCCAGCACUCUUAUGGUCUCUUUAGCCAAUGCUGCUCCACACUCUAAGCUUGACUUCACAAAGGGCACUGAACUUAUAGCUCGGCAAUGCUCUGCAGGCAAGGCCACCUGUUUUUAUGACACUGACUGCUGUUCUCAAAUCUGUCAGGCUAUACCUGUUGGUCCCGUUGGCGUUGUACGCUACUGCGCUGAUGAAAUGAAACAAGAGAAGGAGGAGCAGGAGAAGCAGGAGAAGCAGGAGAAGCAGGAGAAGCAGGAGAAGCAGGAGAAGCAGGAUAAUCAAGAGAAACUGGAGAAGCAGGAGAAGUUGGAGAAGCUGGAGAGGCUGGAGAAGCUGGAGAGGCUGGAGGAGAAGAAGAAGCACGAGAAGCAGGAUGAGAAGAAGCAAGAGAAGUUAGAGAAGCAAGAGAAACUGGAGAAGCAGGAGAAGCAGGAAAAGCAGGAAAAGGAGAAGCAAGAAAAACUGGAGAAGUUGGAGAAGCUGGAGAAGCUGGAGAGAGAGAAGCAAGAGAAAUUAGAGAAGCAAGAGAAACUAGAGAAGCAAGAAAAACUGGAGAAGUUAGAGAAGCAGGAGAAGGAAGAGAAACAGGAGGAGAAGAAGCAGGAGAAGCAGGAGAAGCUGGAGAAGCUGGAGAAGCAGGAGAAGCUGGAGAAGCUGGAGAAGCAGGAGAAGCAGGAUGAGAAGAAGCAAGAGAAGUUAGAGAAGCAGGAAAAGCAGGAAAAGCAGGAAAAGUUAGAGAAGCAGGAAAAGUUAGAGAAGCAGGAGAAGUUAGAGAAGCAGGAGGAGAAGAAGCUAGAGAAGCUAGAGAAGCUAGAGAAGCUAGAGAAGCAGGAGAAGCAGGAUGAGAAGAAGCAAGAGAAGCUAGAGAAGCAAGAGAAACUAGAGAAGCUAGAGAAGGAAGAGAAGCAAGAGGAGAAGAAGGAAGAGAAGCAAGAGGAGAAGAAGGAAGAGAAGCAGGAGAAGUUAGAGAAGCAGGAGAAGUUAGAGAAGCAGGAGAAGGAAGAGAAGCUGGAGAAGUUAGAGAAGCAGGAGAAGUUAGAGAAGCAGGAGAAGGAAGAGAAGCAGGAGAAGCACAGGAAACAUAAUUGA